AUGUCGAAACGGAAGCGCUCCUCGAAGCAUGCUGAAACCCAAGGACUUCGUGCUGCGAACCCAGGCCUGUUUAAUUCACCACCAGGGGCAGAAUGGGAAAGUCGUGGCCUUUUGAAUAAAACGCCCGACCCAAAUCGGUCAACUGGAUUUAUAUAUCAGUUCCCUAUUCCAGUGCGAUUUCCCAAAGAUUGGCAUACCAAUAUCCCACCGAUCUCCUUUGGAGAGAACGCACCUGUACCACGAUGGCGAUUUGCUUCUGAUCCGACCAAGCCCGCCCAAGGCAAGGAUCUAGAAAAAGAUCUCGUCCGAACCGUUGCAGGCAAAUCAGUUAUUGAUGGAGUGGCUUCAGGGAGUCAUCCAAGAUCUUUCGACUCCUCAAUUGGACUUGGUGGGUUGAAGUGGGUGUUCGACCCGGGACUUCCAGCAAAUACUUCCAAUCUGCUACAUGGGGAAAAGUUGUAUGAAAUGGCCCACAAUUACCUCACGGAUGCAUUGCAGAAUCCAAUCUCUCGAACGCAAAUGAGGAGAGAAAUUGCCAACGGCCCUCUUUGGCCAAAAGUUUGCAACGUCGAGGAUCCAUUGCCACCCCCUCCGGAACGGCCAAAGACAAGUUUCUACACAGACUAUCGAGCGGAUUACAGAGAUCCCAAUGCCCAGGUCGAGAGUGAUGAUUACAAGCGAGCAGCUCCCAAGCCCCGAGCAAGGGGCUCGACUCCAGCUGAAGUGAAAGCGACCACUCAUGCGGAUAGGUUAUUGUAUCACGAGCAAGGAGCGGACGGACCUUUACAUCUAGCAGAUCCGCGAAAGAUUCUCGGAAUCGAACAUGAUAGCUCUGAUGAUGAAGGACGGAAAGAGGGAAAGAUUGCGAAAAUCGGUGAGUACAAGUGUGUUUGGCUUUGUGUAAUUCUCCUCGUCCUCAGCAUGUUCUUGUGCCUUUUCUUGUAUUCAUUUGGAAUUAUCAAAGUGAUUUAA